AUGCCCUCCGCGAACAAAGGCAAAGGCAAGGGCCGCGAAGCCCGCCCGUCUCGAAGCCGCAACACAACCCCCAAUUCCAGCUUCAGCUCGGGCCCCGCCUCACUGCCUUCGAGCUAUCUCGACAACGAACCCUCCAAGAUUAUGGUCCCGACAACUGUGCAAUACUCCGAAAUUCUCGAGCGCAUGGGCGGCGCCGGUCCUAUCCCCGAUUCCAAAUCCCUCGAGUCGCUGAUGGAGCACCUCAAGACCCUCAGUGAACUGGCCGAUGCGCGCGGCGAUGCAUGCAAUGCGGGUAUCCGAGAAUUGUCUCAGAAGCGGAAGGAAGUGGCGGAGGAGGCCGAGCCGGUUGAUCGCGAAGCAUCAGAACGCCCGAAGAUGAAGCGCGAGGCUGACGAUGAGGAGGAAUCCAAUAAGGCGCUAAAAGGGAAAUUGAAGAAGCGGAAGGAGCGCGGUGGUAGUACAAAAGAGGACCGUCCGUUGAAUCAUGGUGCGCAUGAGGUUUCCCGGCAGGAUGGAGCGGAGACUAAGAUUGAAGGCGACAGCUUUGCUAAUUCAACUCGCUCAGCCGCUUCUCCUGCAUCGAAAAAGUCGAAAAACGCAGCUUCAGAGGGUACCUCGUCGCUUUCUCCUCCCUCGCUGGCAUCCCCCAAAGCUCCGGCGGCAGGAGCUGCUGCUGCCCCUCCUGAUGGUGAAGGCCCCGAGGCCGCUGGAUCGCCAGGAUCGGAGGACAGUGGGGACUCUCACCAACCUGAACCCGCGCCCGCCGUUCCCCAAGUCCAAGUGUUUGGACCGAAUCCGCUCAAGUUCGAUGAUCCGACCAUCUACAAUAUCCGUGAAAUUACGCCUGACAUGACCGAUGAUGAAAAGAAAGAAAUAUACUCCGUUAAUGUUUUCCCCAGUAGUGACUUGAGCCAUAUGAUGGCUGGUGUUGCUCCAGAUAAGGAUUUCAGCAAUGCCAAACCCACGAACCAAGUCAGCGCCAACACGUUUCUUGCCUAUAUUGAACCCCAUGUUCGUCCAUUGAUGGAGGAGGAUAUUGCUUUUCUUAAAGAGAGGGGCGAUCGAACCACUCCAUUUAUCAUGCCAAGACGCGGAAAGAAGCAUUAUACAGAAAUAUGGGCUGAAGAUGACGGUGCUUUGAGUGUCGAUCAAGCUAACGGCGAUCGCCUACCGUUGAACCAAGGCCGCGGAAACAUCGACUCGGUGACCGACGACACUGCCGAAACAGACAAGGUUUCCGUCGGACCUCUGGUUAGCCGCCUAUACUCGCUGCUUCGAUAUGAACAUCGUGAUCCCUCAGAUGAGAACGCCCCGAAUGGAACUGCUAACGGGGAGACUUCAGCAAACGGAAAUCUCAAUGCGGAUUCCAUGGAUAUUGACCAACCCCAACCCACCGGGGAAUCGGAAAACAAGGCACAUGCUUCUGCGACAUCUUUCCGGGAUGCCUCUCCGAGUGGGUUCAAGGUUCCUGCGGCCAAGCUCGACCACGCUCAGCUCGACGAGCGUCUCAAAGCUGAACUCCGCCAUGUGGGCUUCCUCGGGUCCGACGACAACCCAGACUACGAUGCACACUACGACGAUGACAUUGCACAGCGUUUACGACUUUUGCAGAGCGAGCUGAAGAAGCAGAUGAUCAUCAAUAGCGCGCGAAAAGCCCGAAUGCUCGAGAUUGCCCGUGAACGCAUGGCCUAUCAAGAAUACACGACCAUCCACGAUGACCUCGACUCGCAGGUGCAACAAGCCUAUCUGAAACGUACACGUACCCUCGGCAAAAGCAAAAAAGGAUCGCAGGCCAAACACCGCCCCGGCGGGGCUGGAGGCGGUAGCCACGUUGUCAGUGCUGCCGGUGUCAGCCGCCCUGCCAUUGGAGACGUGGCCAGAACACUCAUGGAUCGUCGCAAGCGCUGGGACGACUGCAUUGGUCCGGUCUUCAAAGACUGCAAGACCACUGUCCCUGGCAAGGGAGAAACGGUCUUUGACCCGUCGGUUAUGGCUGAGUACGAGAAAGCGGAACUUGAAGGCUGGGACGAGGAGCAGGAGUAA